AUGGCUGAUAAUUCAAACAAUGCAAAUGACCAUAAUGGGGAUAAAAAUAUGGCUUUUGAAACGAACCCAAAUGUUGCUUCGCUUCUUCAAAAAAAAAUCCAAGAAGCCUAUGAUAAAGGCAUUGCACCUCCUCCAAAACGUAAAAACAUCAUCCCUUCUUUAAGAAAUAAGAGAGUGGCAAUAACUCUUUCACCAACAUUAUCAAAUUCAAGCGUUAUUACUACACCAAUUGAAAUUGGCAAUGAUGAAGUUGGUGAUAAUAUUGACGCUGAAUUAUCCUUAUCCGAAUUACAAGAAACUAAUGAUAACCUAUAUUAUCGGAAUCACCUGCGCCUAUUAUACGAUCUAAAAAGGCAAUUGGAAAAUUUUCAGAUAUUAAUAACCAACCAUUAA